CACCAACACUAGGGGGCAGAUUGCUUACAUUUUGACCUUGUUGUGUGGCUGGAUCGGUAAAAGUUGCUGGGGAAAGCGGCUUCACGGGAGGGAUUUUUAGGCGACCAUGUCCGUAAGAAAUGUAAUAAGUCGUGGGGUGACAUUGGCGAGGUCGGUGUUGCAGGCUUGCUUUGGGAAACCGGCUGUCCGAGUAGCAGCGAAGGUCCGAGGCGAGGGCUUUCGCGUAGCCCCGCCGGUGCGCACCGUCCAGCCUCGGACUUUUCUGCCGUCUCGCUACCGGUAUUAUCGCACGUCGCUCAGCGGCCUUGCUGCCCAGCUGCAUUCCGGCAGUUUUAGGAGAAUGUUUGGCUCCCCCCGGAACAGAGCCGUGUUUCUGGCUUUCGGGCUCGGUGUGGGAUUGAUUGAGCAGCAACUGGAGGACGACCGAAGGAGCACCGCGGCUUGUCAAGAGAUCCAGGCGCUAUUCAGUAAGAAGACUUUCCAGAACCCUCUGAAUCGCUUCACCUCGGGGUAUAAACUGGAGGACUAUGUGAUUGGAAAGCAGAUCGGGAAGGGGUGCAAUGCCGCGGUGUAUGAGGCCGCAGCUUCCUUCGCCGUCCCCAGGGAGAGUAGGACGUCCUCCCUAGUGAGGAUGAAACUGGGCAGCGAUGACAGGCAGGAGGAUGACGGAGAACUGAGAAAUCGCUCUGUGACCGACUACCCACUGGCUGUGAAGAUGAUGUGGAACAUCGGGCCUGGUUCAUCAAGUGAUUCCAUCUUCAGUGCCAUGUCGCACGAACUGGUCCCAGCAGGACCUCUGGCCUUGAAAGAGAGAAAUGGAGCAGCUGUGGUGGACGGGUAUUUUGGGGAUGUGCCCAGAAGGGUAUCUGCUCAUUCCAACGUGAUCACGUUGUACCGGGCAUUCACAGCAGAAGUCCCUCUAUUACCUGGGGCAGAAGAGGAGUAUCCCGAUGUCCUGCCUACCCGACUCAACCCUUCAGGCUUUGGCAGGAACCACACCCUGUUCUUGGUCAUGAAAAACUACCCAUGUACUCUAGGGCAGUUCUUGGAGGAUUCUCUGCCCUGUGCGAGGUCAGGCUCUCUGAUGGUGCUUCAGCUCCUGGAGGGUGUGGACCACUUAUGUCAACAUGGCAUCGCGCAUCGGGACCUCAAGUCUGACAACAUUCUCCUGGAGUUUGAUUCUGGUGGCAACCCUCGCUUGGUGAUUACAGAUUUUGGCUGCUGUUUGGCAGAGAGGGACUGUGAGUUGAAGCUGCCCUUCAACAGCCGAUGGGUGAACCGAGGGGGGAAUUCUGCGCUAAUGGCCCCUGAGAUUGCCACAGCCGUUCCUGGGCCCAGUGUUGUCAUUGACUACAGCAAAGCUGAUGCUUGGGCAGUUGGAGCCAUUUCCUAUGAGAUCUUUGGGCAGCCUAAUCCGUUCUACGGCCGCAAUGGCCUGGACAGCAGUAGGUACCAGGAGUGGCAGCUGCCCCCGCUGCCCCACUACAUGCCCACCGACACCCAAGUGGUGGUGAAACUGCUGCUUCGUCGGAACCCGAAAAAGCGCCCCAGCGCUCGCGUUGCUGCCAACAUGCUGCACCUCAGCUUGUGGGGCGCACAGUCCAUAGCCGAUCGGGAUACCUGCAGUACGAAGGAGGUGGCUGAUUGGCUGCUGUGCCGGUCCGCAGUGGCCCUGCUCACGGGCCGUUACCCAAACGGCAGCACUGUGGAGAUGGAGCUGCAGAAGAGCUUCCUGUCCAACGUCAACCUGGAGGAGCUCCGUACCGCCAUGGCGUUCCUUUUGUUUGGACGUGAAAAACACACCUUUGCGUCUGGCUUUGCUUGACUUCCACAGACAUGCCAGUCUUUUGAAUGUUUUUGACUAGCCUGUAGUAGGAUGUACCUGUGGGACAUUUCCAGGUUUCUGUCUCUAUUAGGGCAUGCACUUUAGCAUUUUUCGCACAAUCCUGCACAUAGCAAGUGUGAACCUUGGUUAACGUGGCAUAAUUGCGUCUAUUUUCAUAGAAAUUGCACUCUAAAACAUUGCACACACUACAGAUGCUGUAGAAGUUUCACAAAUGGCAGCAGGAUAAUUAUAUGCUUUUGGAAGCUGCAGAGGCAUCUAAGUGACUCAUUCAUUUGUAAUUUAGUCGGACGUGUGCAGCUGCUUGUGUGGCGGAUGUUUCUGAAGAAGUUAUCCAGAGUUUCAAAGGGAUUGCAACUUCCAAGCUUUCAUAUCUAUACCCUACGCCUGCUCAUAAUAGGAUUCUUUACCAUGUAUAAGUCCUGCAAGACUUGUAACACUAAAGAUGUAUUUGAGCGGGGACAAGGCUGAGUUUGGUUCAAUUGUGAAUUGACUUUUGUUGAGGUGGAAGAACUGAAUGGUACAAGCGUGACAAUCGCUGUAUAAAUAAAUGUCUUGCGCUGA